ACGCUGGAUGCUGCGGACGGCGGCGUGCUGGGGUUUGGGUUGGAAGUGGGUUGGGGGCUAGGAGGAGGCGGAGGAGCAGGGGGUGGAGGAGCAGGGUGCGGCUCCUAUGCGAGUCUGGGCGGCACUCCUCUGGAGGACCUGCUGCUGGCAGACACACAGCCCGCGGGGCGAGCCACUGCGCCGCCCCCACCGCCCACCCAGCCAACAGCACUGCCGCAGCCGCCUCCGCAGCAGCCGCCUCCGCAGCAGCAGCAGCCUCCGCAGCAGCCGCAGCGGCUGUCGCCCCUACCCCCCUCGCACCAACAUGCGCCACCUGCAGCAGCACCGCAUCAGCAGCAGCAGCAGCGGGAACCGCUGCCUUACUCCCAGCAGCAGGGCUCUCAGGUGCAGCAAGAGCGAGUGCGGGUUUCGGAGCAGCAGCAGCAGCAGCCUGGAGGAGCAGCCGAGCGACCCAUGGGUCAGCAAGCGCAGCCUCCUCACGCCACAUACGCGCACGGGCAGGUCUGUGGAAUCACCGC